AUGCCAAAGCCUUCUUUUGCUUACACCGUACUGAAAAUUGCUUCGGCUACGACCUAUACGUACACUCACGAAGGAGAUUAUGGUACGACUCUAGAAUUCACAGUAGAAGCUAUCGGGAAUGAAGAAUAUUCCACGGAAUCUUCUCCCGUUCAAGUAAAGUUCCGAAAAAUCAAGCCGAUAGCGAUAACUGAUCUGAAAAGUAGUAUAAUCGGCGGGAAAAUCAAGCUCUCAUGGAAGGCAAAAGGCAUCAGAGAAAACGAAAAUCCCGUUUACGAUGUGGCCAUUUACGCCCGCUCCGAUUAUGGAAAUCCCUCUGCUACACCCGUGUCAGCUUUGACCUCAGACAAAACUGACGUAGUAUUACCUAUUGAGACCUCCAAAAAGUAUGUAGUGGAAGUUGUAGCCGUUCUUGAAGGCUACUUUGGUCCUCCAAGUACAUUGAAUAUAACUGUCCUCGACCCUAACAGUUCACCAACGAAUGUUCUGUUGACCUUCAAAUCUCCGGAAUCCGUCACUAUCUCGUUCACGGUGCCACCUCAGAUGAACCCAGACAUUGAGGAUGAAGGAUGCGAGAGAGGCGAAGAAUGCUGGGAAGCUCAGAGCUGGAAAAGUGGUUAUUGUGCAAGUGAUCCAACGUUUUCGGCUAAAUCUGUGAACUUAUGCCCCUCACAAGCGCUUUCGGAAAGUUGUAACAAAAAGCUGGUGACACAGGAUUUAUCAUCGGCGUCAUUCAACGUAAAGCAUUCGGAACGCUUAUGUGAAGUGGAUCAGAAUAUCAUCGUAUGGGAAGGCGAGGAAUGGAGUGUACGUCCGUCCGGAUGUUGUGUCACAAGAUACGAUGGCUUCAAAUCUCAAUUUGGGGGUGUGUACAUGUUUCUUAUAUCUGACGAAAGAAGGGCGAAGGCUGUUUUUCUGUUUGUUGGCGUUCCUUCAUCCCCACAGGCUGCUUUCAUAGUCCACGAUUGUGAUUGUGUUUGA